GGGGUUCAAGUUGCCACAAUUCAGCUCAAUGUGGUGCACGCACUGCUUCACCGGCCUGGGCACUACCUAAUCCCAAGUGAACUCCAGAAUAUUCACUUGAACGCGUAGGGGCAGGACGUACCCGAUGGCACCCGAUCUAUCGCACGGGAGCAUCAUCAGCCGGGGUUGUCCUCAUAUCCCUUCCUCUCCCGCAGAAUUUGAGACGGUGUCUCGCAAGCUCGCUGUCAUCGGGAAUUGGAAUGUGAAGCGAUCCAGAAGCAUUCUGUGCUCAGCGAAAAGGCGAAAGAUAGGGUCGCUGAUAUGCAGCAAAUGCGACCUCACUCUGUCACGCCCAUUUGCGUGUCUGCAUUGCUCGUUCUCUGGAUGUUGGAACAAUGGCCAUGUCAAGGAGCAUCUCCAGGAGUCUGUCCAUAACUACUGUGCUGAUGCCAGGACCGGGAGUGUAUUCUGCAGCGCGUGUGAUGAUUUCGUAUACGAUGAUGCUCUGUAUGGGGCGUUUGUCUCCGCUAUGCGCGCUGCAGAAGAGAAAAGCACAUCCUUUCCGGAUGCGAAAAAGAACCGCGAGCCUUUCCGACCCUGGUCGCCCAACGCGAAGGAAGCGGCACUGCUUGAAGAUGCCAUCGCUAUUCCAUGCCUAGGUCGAAGAGGCCUUCUGAAUCUUGGGCAAACUUGCUUCCUCAAUGCCAUAUUGCAAUCUUUCGUUAUGAAUCCGCUACUGCGCGACCACUUUCUCAGCGAUAAGCACAACCAUCACCUAUGCAAGAACAAAGACUGUACGUGCUGCGAAAUGGAUAAGCUUUUUGGAGAGAUUUACUCGGAGAACACCUCUCCAUAUGGGCCUACCAGCUUCCUUGCGACGACGUGGCGCGCAUCGUCGGAGUUGUCUGGCUAUGCGCAACAAGAUGCCCACGAGUUCUUCAUUUCCGCCUUAAACAACAUUCAUUCGACAUCUCGUGGCUCAACGAAAUUCCAAUGUAUUUGCAUUGUUCACUCCACAUUUGCGGGUCUGCUUCAGAGCGACGUCAAAUGUGAGCGGUGUGGAAACAUCACCACGGCCGCCGAUCCGAUGCUGGACAUCAGCCUAGAUUUGCCAGAAAUGGGCAACGAGCCAACCGGACAGGAGCUAACCCUUGCUUCAUGUCUCAGGAAAUUCACUCAGCCGGAAAAGCUAGGCUCGAACGAGUACAGUUGCGCUAAAUGUGGGAAAGCUUCCCAUGAUGCAAAUAAACGGCUCAGCAUCCGAAAGCUCCCGCCGGUUCUGAGCUUCCAGUUCAAGCGGUUCGAACACAAGUCUGCAGACAAGUCCGCGGCCCAUAAGAUUGAAUCACCGGUUCGAUUUCCUUCUAACAUCAACAUGGGCCCGUACACUACGCUCGCAAUGGAUGUGCGGAGUCAAGAAAGCAGGGAUGACGGAAAGACGAGUUCCGUGUUAACUCCGGCCAUGUACGAAUAUGACCUGUUCUCCGUGGUAUGCCACGAAGGUCAGAUCAACAAUGGCCAUUACACGUGCUUUGCGCGUUCUCAGGAUGAGUGGUACAGAUUCGACGACGAUAAAGUCACGCACUCAAGUCUCGGUGAAUGCCUCAGCUCACGAUCUCAGGUGUAUAUGUGUUUCUAUGUCAAACGACACUUGGACUACACACCGUAUGUGACGCCAUCCUACAAGAUCACAAGGGAGGCGGAGGCCGUGAGGGAAAAGGAACGGGAGCGAGAGAAAGAGGCCGCCAGAAUGCGAGAAGUGGAGGAUGCCUUGCUGGCGACAGUUUGAUACGGCAUGUCGUCGUGAUGGGAGAAGAAACCCAUGGCUAGCUACGGGUAUCUCAAAGAGAUAGAUAACAUUAUGGACAAAGGUUACGGAAUGUGUGUUUGCAGAUACAGAGUAGUAGGUAUAUGGUCUGGAUGAGAUACAAAUAGGGUCUUCUAUGACCGAGGCGACAGGAGAUCAGUGAAACUGCCACAUCAUCAUGAGUAACUGCUAUAAUACUUAGGGAAUGAUAUCGUUCAGCUCGCCCUCCUUCACACGAAUCUCGACAACUUCAACCUCGUAAUCCAUCUUCGUGGACGACACGGAUGACGACAC